AGCGUGAGGAUUUCCUCAGCCUUGUGUGUGUGGUGUGAGCUGAAGGAUGCGCUGGGAGAGACGCUGAGAGGACUCCAGGUGUGGACCUGGAGAGCAUGGAAUGUUCACGUGUUCCCAGUGUUCCAACUUCCCCCCGCACGGAACUUGCGAGGUACUGAGAGGUAUAGCUGCACCUGCCCCCUUCUUGGCCAGACCAUCCCUCUGAUGGAACGCAGAUUGGAGAUACAAACCGAUUUCGCCUAGAAAUGGGUGUUGUGAUAAGCAGGCUAUCACCCAACCGCAAAAAGACAAACUCGCCUAUGUGACUUGAUGGGAAUCUAAUGAACAGAGGAGUCAUCAACCACCAUCCCCAUUACCAUCGUCCUCAUCUUCAUCAUUCACCUUGAUGACCGUGCAUGAAAAAAGCUUCGCUGGAAUCAUGGAUGACAGAACCAACAAGUUGAUUUUGGCACCUGUCCUGGCAGUGCUCUUUGUGAUGAUAGUGUACCAGUACAUAUGCCCAGCCGGGACCAAUUCUUGCCAUUUCCGAGCUGGUAACACUUUGAGAGGGGUAGACCCAUCCCCUGUCCUUCCAUCCCUGGCAGACACUCAGUGGCAAGCGGAGGAGGAUGAAAGUGAAGUUGCAGAGGACUUCAGCCCUCCCAAAUUCCAGCCGACCUUCCAGUUCGCCACUAAAGACCUGAUCCGGUUUGUGGAUUUCAAUAUAAAAGGGGACGAUGUCAUAGUGUUCCUGCACAUCCAGAAGACAGGGGGCACUACUUUUGGGAGGCACCUGGUUAGGAAUAUCCGCCUGGAGCAGCCCUGUGAUUGCAAGCCUGGACAGAAAAAGUGCACCUGUCACCGACCUGGGAAGAAGGAGACCUGGCUCUUCUCACGUUUCUCUACUGGCUGGAGCUGUGGACUGCAUGCAGACUGGACUGAGCUCACCAACUGUGUCCCUUCUAUCAUGGACAAGAAAGACAGCCAGAGGAACCACAGGAAUUUUUAUUAUAUUACGAUGUUGAGAGACCCUGUAUCACGUUAUUUAAGUGAAUGGAAACAUGUUCAAAGAGGAGCAACUUGGAAAGCAUCACUGCAUGUCUGUGAUGGAAGAAGUCCAACACCCGAUGAAUUGCCUACUUGUUACCUAGGGGAUGACUGGUCUGGGGUCACAUUGCAGGAAUUCAUGGACUGCAGCUAUAAUCUGGCAAGCAACCGCCAGGUCCGUAUGCUUGCUGAUCUCAGCCUUGUUGGAUGUUACAAUUUGACUUUUAUGAAUGAAAGUGAAAGAAAUGAUAUUCUUCUCCAGAGUGCUAAGAAUAAUCUUAAAAACAUGGCCUUUUAUGGUUUAACAGAGUUUCAAAGAAAGACACAAUACCUGUUUGAAAGGACAUUCAAUCUCAAAUUUAUUUCUCCAUUCACUCAAUUUAAUACUACAAGAGCCUCAAAUGUGGACAUUGAUGAAUGGUCUCGGGAACGUAUAAAAGAACUUAACUAUUUAGACAUGCAGUUGUAUGAAUAUGCUAAGGACCUAUUUUUACAGCGUUUUCAGCACACUAGGCAGCAAGAACACCAGAGAAAAAGGGAAAAAAGGAAGGAGGAACGGCGACUGCUAAGAGAGCAGAAGGUCAAUCAAUGGCAUAAAGGGGACAAAACUGCAGAAGUAGCUACGACUGAAGACUAUAACAGUCAGGUGGCGAGAUGGUGACAUAAUGAUUCUUUUUUGAUGUGAUAAAUCAUGGGAAAGCUGAAUGAACACGAGUUUGCUAUUACCAUUUUUUUACCAAGUCUUUUCAAUUGGUACAUUUA